GAUUGUCGACCCGUGCAUGAUACAGGCUGGUACUCUCCAGAAAGAACUUGCAUCUCUCCGUGACAGCACUAGCUGAAAGAGGCAGCGUUAUUACCUAAUCUUCAUUUCAACGGAAAAGGAGGGGGCGGAGGCACCAAACUGGAUUGGUGAAACGAAGAAAUGCAGUCUGAAACAAGGCAAUAGUCAAUAGUACGAUGCCUUUUGCUCAGCCGCAAGAUUCCUGGCACAAAAUGGAGGUACAUAGCGUUAGUAGUGAGGUCAACGGGCAUCAGACGACGGAGGAGCCCAUGGAGGAAGGGGAGCCGCUCUCGCACUGCGAUGAGGGUGCCUACAAGGAGAUCCCCAUAACUCACCAUGUGAAAGAGGGCUGUGAGAAGGCCGACCCCUCUCAGUUCGAGCUGCUCAAGGUGCUAGGCCAGGGCUCCUUCGGAAAGGUAUUUCUUGUGCGCAAGAUUGUGGGUCCAGAUACCGGGCAGCUGUAUGCAAUGAAAGUAUUGAAAAAAGCUUCUCUAAAAGUGAGGGACCGGGUUCGAACAAAGAUGGAGCGAGACAUUCUGGUGGAAGUGAAUCACCCCUUCAUUGUCAAGUUGCACUACGCCUUUCAGACAGAAGGAAAGCUCUAUUUAAUAUUGGAUUUUCUCAGGGGUGGAGAUGUUUUCACUCGUUUAUCCAAAGAGGUUAUGUUUACAGAGGAGGAUGUGAAAUUCUACCUUGCAGAGCUGGCCCUUGCAUUGGACCACCUUCACAACCUAGGCAUUGUUUACAGAGACCUGAAGCCUGAAAAUAUUUUGCUUGAUGAAGCUGGGCAUAUCAAGCUAACAGACUUCGGGCUCAGUAAAGAGUCAGUAGAUCAGGAUAAGAAGGCCUACUCUUUCUGUGGCACUGUGGAAUACAUGGCCCCAGAGGUAGUUAACAGGAGAGGACACACGCAGAGUGCUGAUUGGUGGUCACUCGGUGUCCUAAUGUUUGAAAUGCUGACCGGGACUUUACCAUUUCAAGGCAAAGACCGCAAUGAGACCAUGAACAUGAUCCUCAAGGCGAAGCUGGGAAUGCCUCAGUUCCUGAGCCUGGAAGCUCAGAGUCUUCUCAGAAUGUUGUUCAAGCGGAACCCAGUGAAUCGUUUAGGGGCAGGUCCUGAUGGAGUGGAGGAGAUCAAAAGGCACGCCUUCUUCUCCACCAUCGACUGGAACAAAUUGUACAGAAGGGAAGUUCAGCCUCCAUUCAAACCGGCAGCUGGGAAACCAGACGAUACGUUCUGUUUUGACCCGGAGUUCACAGCUAAAACUCCUAAAGAUUCCCCAGGCGUCCCGCCCAGCGCCAACGCACACCAGCUCUUCAGAGGCUUCAGCUUCGUGGCCCCCGCCUCUCUGGAGGAGAGCAAGGGCCCCUCCCUGGUCAACAUCCUCCCCAUAGUGCAGCAGAUGCAUGGCAGCUCGGCGCAGUUCUCUGACGUCUAUGAGCUCAAGGAGGACAUCGGCGUGGGCUCCUACUCCAUCUGCAAGCGCUGUCUCCACAGGGUCACUGGCAUGGAGUUUGCGGUCAAGAUCAUCGACAAAAGCAAAAGAGACCCAUCUGAGGAGAUCGAGAUCCUCAUGAGAUACGGUCAACAUCCCAACAUCAUCACUCUGAAAGAUGUGUAUGACGAGGGCCGCUUCGUGUACCUGGUGACGGAGCUGAUGAAGGGAGGGGAGCUGCUGGACAAGAUCCUCAGACAGAACUACUUCUCGGAACGUGAGGCCAGCGCUGUUCUCUACACCAUCACUAAAACUGUGGACUACCUGCACUGCCAAGGGGUGGUCCAUCGGGACCUGAAGCCCAGCAACAUCCUGUACAUGGAUGACUCUGGGAACCCCGACUCCAUCCGGAUCUGCGACUUCGGCUUCGCCAAGCAGCUCCGCGGGGAAAACGGCCUGCUCCUUACUCCCUGCUACACUGCCAACUUCGUCGCGCCCGAGGUCCUGAUGCGGCAGGGUUACGAUGCAGCCUGUGAUAUCUGGAGCCUGGGAGUGCUGCUGUAUACCAUGCUUGCAGGGUACACCCCCUUCGCCAAUGGUCCCAACGACACCCCCGAAGAGAUUCUGAUGCGAAUCGGCAGCGGGAAGUUCUCUCUGAGUGGAGGCAGCUGGGACAGUGUUUCAGACUCUUCCAAGGAUCUGUUGUCUCACAUGCUGCACGUGGACCCGCACCAGCGGUACUCUGCGGAGCAGGUACUGAAGCAUGUGUGGAUCGCCUGCCGGGACCAGCUUCCACACUUCCAGCUCACACGGCACGAUGCGCCGCACCUCGUCAAGGGAGCAAUGGCUGCUACAUAUUCAGCACUGAACCACAAAGCAGGUCAGCCAGUCCUGGAGCCCGUGGCUGCCUCCAGUCUGGCCCAGCGCAGGAGCAUGAAGAAACUCACCUCCACCGACUUGUAGUGAUCAGCCAGCCUCGUGGGGGCGUGUUUUAAGCGUGUGAGGCGAGGGGGUCCCUUCACCGGGGCUUCAUUCUUUGUAUUUAU